UAUAAAUAAUCCGACUCACAUCGCCCUUAAUUAUAUUGAUUUAACAAUUUCUUUAAUUUUCACAGCAGUAGCGGUGAAUAUCGGAAUGUAAUUUACGUCGUUGGUUUUCGCGUUCUGUGCACAAGCCUCAAGAGUUGGUUUGUUCUUUUUAGCUGCACUGCUGAAAUAUGAAGCAGUGCAUCUAAAAAGAACAGACCAAAUAUGGCUGCCUUUGUAGCGGUAUUACGAAAAACGUUGGCGUGUCUUCUCUCUCUCUCAGGCUACCCUCCGAUUAAUGUCAGUUCCGAUUAUAAAUCAUGUUUUAUUUAAUAGGAUUGGGACUGGGCGAUGCGAAGGAUGUCACUGUCAAAGGACUCGAGAUCAUUAAGAGGUGCGACCGUGUAUACUUAGAAUCUUAUACUUCUAUCUUGACAGUGCAGCGAGAAACUUUGGAAGAAUUCUACGGACGUUCGUUGAUCGUAGCCGACCGUGAAUUAGUGGAAAGCUGUGCGGACGAGAUACUGCCGGAAGGAAGAGACGAGGAUGUCGCUUUCCUAGUUGUAGGGGAUCCUUUUGGCGCUACCACGCAUACAGAUUUGGUACUUCGUGCGAAAGAAAAGAAUAUACAGGUAAAAGUUAUACACAAUUCGUCGAUAUUGACCGCAGUCGGUUGCUGCGGCUUGCAGUUGUAUUCGUACGGAGAAACCGUCUCGAUUCCGUACUGGACCGACACUUGGCGGCCAGACAGCUUCUACGAAAGGAUAGCUUCUAACAGAAGAAGAAACCUGCACACACUGUGCCUCUUGGAUAUCAAAGUUAAAGAGCCCACUUUGGAGAGCAUCUUGAAGAAGAAAAAGGAUUACAUGCCUCCUAAGUACAUGAGCGUCAAUGAAGCGGCUGGCCAAUUGACAGAGAUACUCAGCGACAAGAUUCGGGACGAUCAGAGUACAGAAUUUACGGAUCAAUGCUUAGCGGUGGGCCUAGCCCGAGUGGGUUGCGAGGAUCAACGUAUCGUUGCCUGUUCUCUGCGGGAUAUGACGAGUGUCAAUCUGGGACCACCGCUGCAUUGUCUCGUCAUACCGGCCAAAGAGAUGCACCCUCUCGAGAUCGAGUUUCUGAGGCAUUACGCUCUCGAGGGGAGUCAGUUCGGAGAAAUGACGCGAUAGACUUUAUCCUUUUCACCUACUGAACAAUAAAGUUAAUUGUUUUCAUUUGUUAA